AACUUACAAUGUAAAGUUUUGAUGGGUAUGCGCUGACAGCUGCGCAUUGUAACCGAAUUCAUCAACCAUAAAUUUCCUGGUUAAAUGUUCUUUGAGUAGGUCUAUUUAUUAUACGUGUAAACCGUCCCAGUGAUAAUUACGUUCGUUGCUCACGAAAUAGUAAAAUUCGUUUUAGCCGUUUUUAUUUAAAUUUGACCUGGUCAGGCUUGGUAACAUCGAACUUCCUGUCAAUAAGAUUAGGAAUAUCGACGCAUUCAUUUCCACCGUGUUUAUAUUUAUGGUUCCGAUCCUGUCAACUGAAGAUGUUUAACUCUUUCAUCAACUUACGCCCGCUAACCAACAGCAAUGCUUCACACCGUAGGCUAUGUCUGUGUUGAACCAAAGCAGUGAAGAACAGGUGGAAUGCCCUCUUUGUAUGGAGCCAUUAGAAGUCGAUGAUCUAUACUUCUUCCCGUGUACUUGUGGUUACCAGAUAUGCAGAUUUUGUUGGCAUAGAAUUAGGACGGACGAAAAUGGGCUGUGUCCAGCAUGUAGAAAGGCGUAUCCGGAGGAUCCAGCUGAUUUUAAACCACUAACCCAAGAGGCGGUGGCGAAAUUGAAAGCUGAAAAGCGGCAAAAGGAUCAACAGAAGAAACAAAGGAACACGGAAAAUCGUAAACACUUAGCUAACGUUCGAGUGGUUCAAAAAAAUUUAGUCUUCGUCGUUGGGCUCCCAGUGAGAUUGGCAGAUCCUGAAAUGUUAAAGAAGCAUGAAUAUUUUGGCAAAUUUGGGAAGAUACACAAAGUAGUAAUAAAUCAGAGUACCUCGUAUGCUGGGUCACAGGGUCCGAGUGCAAGUGCUUAUGUAACAUACCAGAAAAGUGAUGAUGCCCUUCGUGCAAUACAGACCGUAAAUAACAUUGCGGUUGAUGGUAGGACAGUCAAAACGUCUUUAGGCACUACCAAAUAUUGUUCUCAUUUUAUUAAAAAUCAGCCUUGCCCAAAAGUGGAUUGCAUGUAUCUGCAUGAACUUGGUGACGCUGAAGCUAGUUUUACAAAAGAACAAAUGCAGCAAGGAAAACAUCAGGAAUAUGAAAAAAAAUUACAUGAACAACUACUUGCCAGUACAAUCAAUCGGAAACCAACACCGUCACCGCCAACUGUACCAAUUCCUGUACAGAACCAAAACAAAGAAGCUUGGCCAACGUUACACCCCAAUCAUCAAAAUUCAGCUGGUGAAUCUCCUUCUUCAUCUCCAACAGAUUCCAUAAACUGCCCGAUCAAUGGCAUUAAAAAUGAAUUAAGCAGAAACUCUCUUAGAAAUAAAUCCAGAAAUAACACAGAAGAUAAUAGAAAACAUGAUGACCUCAGAAAUGGGAUUUUAAGGGAUUGUUAUAGUAAUCCUUUAGACAGUCCAGGAAGCAAUAGCUAUAACCAUUCGCCUCCGGAAGUACACACGAGCGACGGUGAACAAGAAGAGAUGUGUCACCCUGAAGAGCAUCCGAGUUUAUUUUCAGAAAUUAAAAGUGAUAUAUUAAAUUGUGAAAAAAGUUCAGAAUAUUCAAACUAUCAUCAGCCCGACUUGAGAGAGUUUGCAAACUAUAAUAAAGAACUUGGUUCAGCGUUUAUCCAAAACCAUUCAAACCCAGGGAAUGGAUCGGUUGUAGAUAAACAAUCAGAUUGGCAUCAAGUGAUUGGCAGUCCUAAUAUUCAAGAGGUUAUAACUAAAGUUCAUCCACCAGAAACGUGGACAAAUAAAUUAUGUUUUUCUCAAACACCAGAUGAUUCAGUACUGUCGAGGGAUGACGACCUGGGGUUUGACCCAUUCCAUGAAACACAGAAAGCUUUAGCUGAAAUGAUAGAAAAAGAAGAACAACAUAGGUUUCAGCCUACAAAACUUCUUAAUAAACAUCACAACAAUAGGUUGAACAGCUGUUCAAAGCUCCUAGAAGGUUUACGUUUAGGAUCGACUGUGCCACAUUCUAGACCACCACCCCCUGGCUUUACAUCCACGCCUAAUCACAUGAAUGCCUUCGGGUUGGGCAUCCCACGUACAGGAAGUAAACUAUUGCAGUAUAUUCAUCCAACAAUUGCUUUUUCACCUUCACACCAAACAUCGUCUGCAGCAUGGGAUUGGCCUUCAUUAGAUCCUGCAAUAGUUACUUCAGCACAACACUGUGAUCUAUUUCCUGGAAAUCCUCCUCCAGGAUUUUCGCUCAGACAGACAUUAGAUAAUUUAUAGCCUAAAUGGAAAGAAGAGGAUGUGGAAUCAGAAGGUGGUUGACUGACAUUUGCAGUAUUUGUUGCUUAAAUUUAAAUAUCACAGUUUAUUAAUAGAUUUAAACAAACAAGAAUGGAAUUGUACAUUUGGUAUAGCUUUGCAUUUAAUUUGUAAAGUUCAGAUUUAAACGUAAUAUUUUUUAGCCAUGACGAAAGAAAUAUAUUAUUGAAAAUAUUAUGUAAAAAAGAAAAUAAUUAAACUUUUAAUUUACAUACAGCAUAAAUAUUAAUUGUGCAUAGAAAAAAACAUUUUGAGUUUCAUUUUGUUGAAGGUUUUCUUUAUUUGCUGUUUAAAACAAAACAAACAAAAAAUUAAAAGACAAAAUAUAUCCAAAAUCAAAUUAAAUGUAGUGCUACUGACCGAAGAGUUCAUUCGAUACAUUUGUUCGUAUUUUUGUUAAUGCUGUGUUAAGGACUAGUACUUCAGCACAUGUUAAUCGUUUAUAUUAAACAUCUCGUAUUUAUUGCUGAUUAAAAAAAAAUUAU